ACAGAAUUGACAGUUCCACAGUUCCAGCUGGCAGAACAAAAGAUCGGGCGCAAGAAGUGUCCCGUUUUCUCUUUUUCUCUACUCGAAUUUCAGGUGCAGAUCGAGUCUAAAAAUGACGACAAUUCCGUUGAUGUACGCCGACGACCUGGAGAGUGGAAACGACGAUGUCAAAUACGACGACGAUGGCAAAAAUAAUGUGCUCAAAGCACACGUCAGUAUUCGCAUGGCAUUUUUGCGGAAGGUGUACGGCCUGUUGUCGCUGCAAUUGCUGUUCAGCACCGUCCUUGGGGCAGUAUGUCUUCUUGUACCAGUCAUCCGCGAAUUUGUCCACACAAACCACUGGAUGGUGAUAGUGGCCAUGUUCAUGAGCAUGGGCAUCCUCAUCGCCCUGCACAUCAAGAGACACGACACACCGGCCAACUUCAUCCUCCUAGCUGUUUUUACUGUGAUCCAGGCCUACUCGGUGGCCGUGAUCGUCACUUUUUACGAGCAGGCAGUCGUUCUGCAGGCAUUCCUCCUAACCACCUUGGUCGUCAUCGGCCUCACAAUUUACGCCCUGCAGACCAAGAAGGACUACUCCUCAAUUGGCGCCACAAUAUUUGCCGGGCUGUGGAUCCUGCUGAUUGCCGGAAUACUGCAAAUCUUCAUUAAAAACACCCUUUUCGAGCUGGCCCUCUCCGUCGGUGGUGCUAUCCUGUUUUCAUUCUUCAUCAUCUUCGACACUCAGAUGAUCAUGUACAAAGUGUCGCCGGAAGACUACAUUCUAGCCACGAUCACCCUUUACAUGGACAUAAUCAACCUGUUUAUCUACAUCCUGAGGGUUUUGGAGGCCGCCAGGAGGCAGUGAAGAUCUUCAAAUUGGUUAGGUUGUGGACUGGAUGUGAUACUUCUCGUAUUUUCCACUUUAUUUGUAUUUAUCUUUGAUGUAGCACAAAUUUAAACCUAUUUCCCCUGUGGCGGGCAUAUUUUUUGUUGAUGAUAAAUAAAUAAAUCUAAAUGUUGUCAAGACAA